AUGGCUGAAAUCCUGGGUGCGGUAGCCAGUAGUCUGCAGGUCGCCGGGCUGGCUUUCAAGUUCACCACAAUCGGCUUCAAACUUCAUACUCUCUACCGCGAGGUGAAAGAGGCACCUGCUGAGAUUAUCGCCAGACUCAUCGACACUCAAGUCAUAGCCCAAAUGCUGGACGAGUUAAACAGGUCGCCCAUGGCAGCGCAUGCUGCGCUCCGGACAGCACGAUCGCAUUGUGAGAGGUGCCUGCAGGAGCUGCGGGCGACCCUCCAUACUCUGGACGUCAAGAUCCGGUCAUCCGGGGUGAUUUCAGCCAAAGUCAAAUGUCUGAACUUCAUUCUUCGCAAGAACGAUAUCGCCAAAAUGGGGAACCGCCUCGAGACAUCGCUGAGACUCUUGUUCUUUGCCAUUCAAGUGGCCAUGCUAAGGAGCCACGAGAGGCUAGGGUGGGUGUUUUGCAUACUGCCGCCCUGCAAUAUGCUCAUUAUUCACGGCCUGUCAACUUCACUGACUAUACGGAUCAGACAGCUGAUAGAGUCCCAAUGCUACCCAUCAAGCACGUUCUACGCUGCUUCCUUUGCCACGCAAUCCUGCAUUACCCUUGGCGAGCCCUAUCCCUCGACGAAUGGCCAGAUGAACCGAAUGUGUCUGUUAUUACCGGGGGUGACUGAUCAGGGUGAAGCGGUGACGAGUUUGUCAUCAAUUCUCCUUGAAGAAAACCCACGGACCGGAGGCGGCGAGGUGACACACGGCUUGGCCCGGCAAUCGGUCAGAUCCCGCCACCACCUGCCAGUGCUCCGAAGGACGUUGCAGCCACAGUGA